GUUCCAUAAUGACAACUUCAUUUUUCAAUCUGCCGCCACUCUUCCAUUUUGUAAAAAUAUAGUAAAUAUAUAAAAAUAUUUGUACAAAAUUAACAAGAUAAGAGAAGCCACAAAACAAUUACUAUACUAGAAAUAUAAUGGAUGUCUUAGGUCUAACAAUUCGUAAAUUGGGAAACGAGUAUCAGCAUUGCAUAAAAGCAAUAUCAAUAUACCGGUCAAAGAAAAUAGUCAGAGAAAAAUGUACAGCAAUUAACGUGGCUCACAGAAUCCACGGGCCCAGUCCGACCCCCGGCAGCUUGCCAAUCAUAGUGCUCCAUGGCUGUCUCGAAAGUAAAAAGAACUGGGAAAAUAUGUGCAAUCAUAUAACAGCGUCUACAAAUAAAACUGUGAUAGCAGUGGACGCUCGCAACCACGGAGAUAGCCCCCACACGCUUGGCCACGAUUAUCAUAACCUGGCUGCAGAUGUUUCCAAGUUAAUGAAGAAAUUUUCUAUUGAGCAGAGUAUUAUUGUAGGCCACUGCAUGGGCGGCAAGACCGGGAUGGUUUUGGCUCUGACCGAGCCAUCCAAAGUAGCGAGUUUGAUCGUCGUAGAUACAUCACCAGUGUCGACAUCAGGUUCUAUGGAUGUUAAAUAUCCAAAGAUCGUGGAUGCCAUGUCCAAAAUCAACAUAAAAGGAAUGAGUUUGAAGAGGGCAAGGGAAUUUGCUGAGAACAAAAUGUUAGAACUUGAUUUAUUCCAUUCUCAACAUGAACUGCAAAAUGUUUUAUUGAAUAUUGGAAAGUUGUCUGAUAAGUCCAUAGGGUGGAAAUAUAAUCUUAAAACCUUAAAGAAGUCCAUUGCCGAUAUCAACUCAUUUCCCGAUAUGUCUGGAAAAACUUAUAGGGGCCCUACGCUUUUCGUCGCAGGCAGGCUGUCAUACGCUAUACCUCCUGAAGACUUGCAUGGCAUCCGCACCCUGUUCCCUUCCGCAUACUUGGUGUACGUCGAAGGUGUUGGACAUGAUAUCCAUGUAGAAGACCCAAUUACAUUCUUCAAUACGAUCGCACAGUUUUUAUUCUACCAACCAAAGAUCCCGACAGCAUAAUGGACCUGGUUCUGAUAGUAACAUGCAAUCAUUUUAGAUAAUUUAUUACCGAAUUGAUUUGUUAGUAUAUAUUAUGUAUUUGAAAAUGAGAGUUGUUAGAUAUUUCACGAAUUAUUUAAUAAAUGUAUGUAAAAAG